AUGGGAACUUAUACAUUCAAGUGGACUCAUGGGAACGCUACGGAGGUCUUUGUGACCGGUACCUUCGAUGACUGGAAGAAGUCCAUCCAGCUGGAGAAGAAGGGAGACGUCUUUGAGAAAACAGUUGAACUGCCAAAGUUGAAUGAGAAUAUUUUGUAUAAGUAUGUCGUGGACGGCAAAUGGACCACCGAUUCAACCGCCCCUCAAGAAGAUGACGGCAAGAAUAACUUCAACAACGUCCUAAAGCCCGAUGCCCUCGUGGCAGCUGGCGCGGCCACCAUCUCCUCCGCCGCCCCCGACUCGACAACAGCCCAAUUGGCCGGUGCAGUCCCCAAAGCCCCUGGAACCUUCCCCGAGACUCCUGCUGAGACUCCCGCAGAGGAACCAAAGGAACCGGAGAUCGUCGGGGUCAACCCGAUCCCCGCCACCUCCGGCACCGGCAACCCCAUCAAGCUGGCUCCCGGCGAGAAGGUCCCCGACCCCAGCACGAUCACCGACAACACCGUCGAGAGCACCGUCAAAACCGACGAGGCGUCCUACAACGCCAGCGAUGCCGGCCCGGCGAAGGAUACCGUCAAAUCCCUAGACACUCAGGGCGGCGCAUUCGGCGUGGCCCCGGUCACCAACAACAUGAUCCCGGAGUCCAGCCUGCCCAUCGCGCCCGCGCCCGACAAACCCUCCGGCCCGGCCAUCCAAUCCGCUGCCCCCGACAGCACCAGCGCCGCCCUCGCCGGUGCCGUACCCAAAGAGCCGCGCGGCGUCCCGGAAGUCGUCGCCGAAAGCCAGAGCCAAGCGAACGCCGACCCCGAGGCCUCCGCGUCGGCCGAGGCGGUCGAGGAGAAGAAGGAGCUCGAGGAGGAGCUGAAGUCCAAGGUGCCGGAAGAGCCCGCCGCCGCGGCCGCAACCAAGACGCCUGAAGGUGUGCCGGUCGCGGUGGUGAAGUCGUUGGACGAAGCGCACUUCCCGCACGAAGCGGCUGACUACCCGGAGGCCGUGGCUGAGAAGAAGGCCGUGGAAAAGCAGCUUGUCAAGGAGCACGUGCCAGAAGAGAAGCCCAAGACGGAGGAGAAAGCCGCUGAGCCAUCCUCCGUUUCCCCUGCCGCCCUUGCAGCCGCUGCUCCCGUAGCCGCCGCCCCCGUAGCCGCCGCCGCAGCGAUCAGCAAACCCGACGACAAGCCCUCGCAGCCAGCCGCCGCCGCAGCGGAGCCGGAGAAGACCCCCGCCGCAGCGACCAGCAAACCCGACGACAAGCCCUCGCAGCCAGCCCCCGCCGCAGCCGAGUCGCCGAAGACCACCGCCGAGCCCGAACAGAGAGCCGAAUCCGCCGCCGAAGCUGCCGCCCCGGCACCCGACCCCACCCCGCGCUCCAAGAACGACAUUUCCCCCCCGUUGAAGCCCAUCUCGCAGGACUUGUCGCCGGUCAUGGCCGAGCAGGAGCGAGACCUGGGUGGAGUGGCGGGAGCCGAUACGUCGGUCGAUACGCCCCCAGUGACGCCGCAUAAAGCGCCCGUUGCGGCGGCCCCGGCGACGGAGCCGACGAUUGCGCCCACGGAACCGGCGCCCGCGGCUGCGGGGCCGACGACCCCGGCGAAAGAUGCGACGACUCCAGCCGCGGAGACUCCGGCGAGCUCGAAUAGCAAGGCGACGGAUAAGAAGAGCAAGCGAAGGAGCAUCUUUGGGAAGCUGAAGGAUAAGUUGAAGGGCUAAGGGCUGGAAUCGGACAUGAGCGACCAGCGAGACCGCCUGGGGUUGUGAAGGAUCGGGUGGAGGAGUGGGGUCAUGGCUAUGCAGUAUAUGUGCCAUUCGUGUUUGCAUAUUGGUGUUUCUUCCCUCCCCCGAUUUGUUUCACGUCCCGACGCACUUUGGGACCAUUCGAACAUUGCGAUGGAGCUUCUUGAUCGGCUCUUUUGGGGGCCGUUAGUCACCUGUUGAUACCUCGUUUUUACUUUUUCGUAUCUACCGGCAUGUACCGACAGAAAGGUGCUGUAACUUGUAAUUCACGCUUUUGCCAUUGACUUUCCUUUGAAUCCCUAUGGGUGCCGAACUUGCAUUCCGUGACGAUGGUCCGAGG